AUGUCUUCUCACAAGACUUUCCGACUCAAGCGAUUCCUGGCCAAGAAACAAAAGCAAAAUCGCCCUAUUCCUCAGUGGAUCCGGAUGAAAACUCGUAACAAAGACAGGUUCAACUCUAAGAGAAGACACUGGAGGAGAACGGAGCUGGGUCUGUAAGGAUUCACAC